AUGGGGGCCAGCUGCAUAGUGGGCGCAAAGGAACAACCCGAAGAGCGUGAGGCGCCAUCCGUCAUACCUGGCAAGGUCGAGAACGAGAAUAACACGCCACACAAUAGAGCGGAGAAUAUAGCACAGACUACCGAACAUGAGAAUCGAAACUCGGCCGAGGACCCAUUCCAGCCGGUGUUUCAGAUCCUGCAGCAGCUGGAGCAAGAAGAUCCAAAGUUGGCUUCGCAGGGCGCACGGCUGUUGGGUCUAUAUCGGCGCAUGUGA